AUGAUUGAGAGUACCUUGUUCAAAUCGUGGAUUCCCUUCUACUCCUUCCCCUUCAAAUUUGGAAUCAGCGAAUGCAAAACGUUGAAGCAACGAGGAAUGCUGGACAAAAUAGUUUACACAAAAAUUGCCAUGCCGUGGAUAAUCAAGGACAGGUUCUUACUGGUGGACGUAUGGAUAUGCGAAGAUUUCAAAUUUUCGAAAGGCAUCUUUUUAUAUGCCUCCAAUUUUCCGAAGAAUUCUGAAAAUAUGAAAAACCUGGUUUUGGACACGGACAGCUGCAUGGAAAUUGAUAUGGCGAUCCACGCGUUUAUCGCCCCCAGGACUUUCGACGAGACCGUCGUCAAGUGCUACGUCGAAGUAUCACCCAACAUAAAUCUGAGCGAGUUUUUUAUUUCGUUUUUGACAAAGGUUUUCAUCAAAAGCUGCAUAUCCCACUUCGUGAACGCGUGUAGAAAUUUCCAAUCCAACGAAGAGUACAACAGUGAGCUGCGCAAGAGCCGUUUAUUUUACGACCGCUUGCGGAAGGCAGCAGAGGAGUGUAAAAUAUAUGACACAUGA